AUCCACCAGGAACUCUGACCCAGACCCGACUUGACUUGCUUGACAGACUCAGACAAAACGUUGCUUUAGCCCACCAGACGGACCUCUUCUUCACAUUUUCACACUUCCUCUUCCUCUUCCUCUUCCUCUUCCUCUCCCUCUUCCUCUCCCCUCCCCUCCCCCUCCCUCUUCCUCUCUCCCUCUCCUAAUAAACUCUCCCACUUACCCACCCCGAAGCUUCAUUUAAAUCCUUAUCCCCCCCCUCUCCUCCCUACCUUGGCUUACCCGCAUAGCGUACAAAUACAGCAUUCCCCACCAUCUCUUUCCGGGAACAGCUCCUUUCUCUCCUUUACUCGCUUCUCUCUCUCCCCCUCCCCCGGAUCUCUCUCGCCAUUUCACACUGCAAAGCGCGAAGGGGCUUAAAGGGCCGUUCAUCAUCACUAGAUUUCCUUUGAUCCACUCUUUUGAACCUCCUCGUCAUGUCUUCUGCGGCCAUCCUCAUCCCUAACAGGCCUGGUGGAUCUUCGUCCUCGUCCUCAUCCUCUGCUUCGUCUGAGGCUCCGUCGCCAUCUGCUUCUCCCGCUACACCUCCGGCCGGGGCAUCUGGCUCUCCACCCCCAUCGAGAUUUCCCACCUCUUCCUCCAUAUACCACAGACGACGGCCAUCGCUACUGAGUCAGUUUUCACUCACCACCCAGCUAUCCUCUUUACUGACUUGAAGCUCGAUAGGCUCCUCGGUUAGCCGGGUCGAGCAUUCAGUCUUUGAUCUGGGGAUCCGGGAUGGUUCACCAAGACUGGUAAGAACUUGACCCCCCGCCCUUUAUCCGAUGCCUCCCCGGCUUUUGCCCUGUAUGUGUGUGCGUGUGUGAGUGUUGGCGAGCUAACAGUGGGGUGGGGCUGUCUUCAGAUAACCUGUGUUAAAGCUUCCCAGGGCUUCGACUGGAAUCAAGGUUAGGCUUCACAUUCUUGCUUCCCCCCCUGUCGUGCCACCCGUUGCAAGAGGGCAGCCUGGCUAACCGUAGGUCGCAUCGUGUGGGAUGAAUAGACAUCUUUCUGCCUUCCUCGUCGGAAAUCACAAUUCAUAAUGGAAUUCAAAAGCCCGAGACGGUUCACGAGAUUAUCCUCUCGGAGGAUGAGAGCUUCCUUCCCUCGUAAUUGCGAUUAGAGUUGCAUGGUGCGGGCGUUUUUAUCAAUCAUCAUCCAUCAUCCAUCAUCAUUUUUGGCAUGACAAAUAUUGGUCAAAAGAGACGAUUCGGCGAUCACUUCUGCUACUACUACUACUACUACUACUACUACUACUACUACUACCACCACUACCACUACCACUACUACCACUACUUCUACAACUUUUUUCCGGGAUGGGGGCGUUUUGCGCGAGACCUUUCUUUUCCUUCCUUUUCCCCGUUUUAAAAUUUCUCCGCACCUCUCUUUUGUCUUGUUUUUGUUUAGCUGAUCCCAAUACCUGGCUCUUCCGGUUUUUGCGCACGCACGACGAGGGAGGAUCUCGGCCUUGGCUUCCUUCUUCCCUUUUUUAAACGAAAAAUACAUUUUCAGUAAUGGAGUUUUGAUUUAUUUUCGUUUAUUCUUCCGCCUUUCCGUUUGGGUUGGGGGCUUAUUGAAUGGGGUGGGUGAGUAGUGUACGGUCACGCUUGCCCGGGGAACGAGCGGAUGAACGGAUGUGGAUCCUGGAGGCUGUUGGGUGGACUGGCUUGCGUCUAUGUGGGGAAGUGCGGUAAAAACAGCUCGGUGUCUGGUCUGGUCCGGUCCGGUCUCGUACGCUAUGGUAUGAUAUGAUCUGGGUAUGGAUACAUGGGUGAAGAGGUGUUUUUUGUAUUGUUUUUGUAUUGUUUUUUUAUUAUUCUGUUUUCACCUGAUUCAAGUAUUGCGCCUCUAUUUUAGUUGCGUUUUCUUUCGAAUAUUUUGUUUCCCUUUUCUGAUGUUACUCCCUCCUUGUUGAUGGAACCCUAUUCUUACCCUUUUCCUUCCCCUUCCCGUGCGGUUCCUUUCUCCUCCUCUUCCUUCUUAAGACCUAUGUAUGCACUGGUGGUUAUCGUUUUUCCAGAUUCACCCGAGUGUCUUUCUCCUCUUCGUCCUCUAUUGUGUACGAAAAGUGUUGCGUAAUGUGAUAUCUAGCAAUCGGAAAUUGUUUAUUAGCCCUUUUUUUUUAUAAAGUUUUUUUCUCUUUCCUUCUUUCGAAAGCCCACGUAGAGUAUUUGUCCUGUCCUGUUCCCCCCUCGUCAAGAGAAUAUUGCUCUGUACUGCAGCCUGGGUUAGGUUAGGUUAUGUGCCGGGUAUAGGCAUUGCCAGUCUAUCGCGUGCGCAGCGUCUCCUUCCAUCCGUUCAUCCAUGCUAUCAAUCGCAGUGCAUGAUGGCUGCUGCCUUGGAGCGUAACUCGACUCAACUGCCGUAAUUCGUCAUGGCUC